AUGGCGCACUCGUAUCUAGAGUAUUUUCGCCUCAAGGCAAUCAUUUCAUACCUCCGGUAUACCGAUGACGAGAAGCCCACACCGCCUAGCCCCGAUGACUCGUUCACGAUCCCUUCCCGCGACGAAAAGCGCAGGAUAACGGUCAAUGUUUACCAACCAAAACCCGCCAGCAAGCCCAGUCCGGUACUACUCAAUUGGAAUGGAGGCGCCUUUGUUUUUGAUGGGCAUGGCGCAGAUGAGCCCUUCUGUCGACGUGUUGCCGACGAGGCAGGGUAUACCGUCCUUGACGCGAACUACGCUUUAGCGCCCGAGUACCCCUUCCCUUGCGGCGUCGAAGACGCAGAAGAUCUCGUGUUAUACGUUCUCCAGCAUCCAGAUGUGUACAAUGUAAAAAACAUUGUUCUCUCUGGAUUCAGCUCUGGAGGGAAUCUCGCCCUAGCCGCAGCUUCGGACCUGGAGAAGCAGGCAAAGAUUUCCAACAAUGCCAUCCGUGGUCUCGUGGCGUUUUAUCCUCCCACUAGCAUGCUGGUGCACCCAGCCGAGAAGAAGUUGCUCAACGGCGCUCUGCCUCCCAUCCCGCCGCUACUAAAGUUCUUUAUGAGCACUUUUAGCUCCGCCUAUCUGCCGCCUGGAGCAAACCCGUCCGACCCCCGGGCUUCUGUUCUCGAGGCCGAUCCGGAACAUUUCCCUGACAAUCUGCUCAUCAUCACGGCCGAAAAAGAUAGACUGGCGCCCGAGGCCGAGGCGCUGGCGACGAAACUCCAGGACGUGGGCAAAAAUGUGCAGCUGAAGCGUUAUGACGGCGUGAGGCACGGGUGGGACAAGACAAAGGACGAUGAGUCUCAUGAUGCCAAGGUCAGGGACGAGGCAUAUAGCUUGGUUGUGAAUUACUUGUUGGACUUGAAAAAGUGA